CCGGUGACUCCCCCUUCGGGAUGAUGAUGAUAGGAAUGCUCAGGCUUCUUGUCCUUUCCUUCUGACUCAUGUCCGGGCGCAGGACCGGGCAAUGGAUAACACAACAGGCUCGGCGCCGGCAGGAGCUGGCAGCCGGGAGGAGUUACCGGCCCACCGAGCUGUGACGGGCUGCGUCUUGGCGCUGCUCAUCGUUUGGACGCUUUUCGGCAACUUCGCGGUGUGCGCCGCCGUCUAUCGCUACCGGCACCUGCGCGCAAAAGUCACCAACAUCUUCAUCGUGUCCCUGGCUCUGUCGGACCUCCUGGUCGCUGUGCUGGUGAUGCCGUGGAAGGCUGCGGCUGAAGUGGCCGGUUACUGGCCGUUUGGCGGAUUCUGUAAGACGUGGCUGGCGUGCGACAUCAUGUGCUCCACAGCCUCCAUCCUCAACCUGUGUGCCAUCAGCGUGGACAGAUACUGGGCCAUCUCCAGCCCUUUCCGCUACGAGAGGAGUAUGAACAAGAAAGUGGCCUGUGUGAUGAUCGGCGUGACCUGGACGGUGUCCCUGGUCAUCUCCUUCGUGCCCGUGCAGCUGGACUGGCACCGGGCCGAGACCGGUGACCCGGUCGGGGAGGAUCCGGCGCGUCACAGCGUUGGCGGCUGCGACUCCAGCCUGAGCCGCACGUACGCCAUCUCGUCCUCCCUCAUCAGCUUCUACAUUCCCGUGGCCAUCAUGAUUGUCACUUACACCCGCAUCUACCGGAUAGCCCAGGUGCAGAUCCGGAUGAUCUCCUCCCUGGAGCGCGCGGCGGAGCACGCGCAGAGUUGUCGUUCGGACGCACUUGAACAGUUUCCUCACCUGUGCACGGAAAUCGGUGCCAACUCAUACCAGUCUCAUGUCACUCUGCAUUCUGGGUCCCAGCGCGCCAGUCAGCCUCACCGUGAGCUCAAAGUCUCCAUCAGGAAGGAGACAAAAGUCCUGAAAACUCUUGGCAUCAUCAUGGGAGUCUUUGUCUGCUGCUGGCUGCCUUUCUUCAUCCUGAACUGCGCCCUGCCCUUCUGUCCCGGACCAGGGGUCCCGGGGGCCCAGCGAGGACCUUACUGCGUCAACGAAAAGACCUUCGACGUCUUCGUGUGGAUCGGCUGGAGCAAUUCAUCCGUCAACCCGGUCAUCUACGCGUUUAACACAGAAUUCAGAGACGCCUUCCUGCGCCUGUUGCGCUGCCCCCCGGGACGAGGCUGCUGGGCCGCGGGGCGCGCAGCGGCGGAGGCUGUGUUGGCGAGCAACAGGGCCGCGAACCUGAAGCCAGAGGGCCCGCUGACCGCGACGCCGGGCGCCUCCUGCUCCACGAACACCAGAGGGAGCGAGGACAGCGGGAACACCGCGGUGACAGUGUGUUACCACAGAGGGACAACCGCGGAGCAGGGGACGGACACCGAGGAGAGUGACGCCAAGGACAAACUGACGCAGAUACCGAUACAAGGGACACAGUAGGAGGAUGGGUCAGGGUCAGGGAGCAGGUCGAAGUAGCCAAGAGUGUGGAGAGUGGACCAACCCAGGUGUAGUGAACAGAAUGGACAUCUCCACCCGUUGUCUCCUAAUACAAAUCCAUGUUAUCAGAGUGCAUAUCAAAAAACUAAAUAUCAUUUUCUGCUUUUUUUGUUGCUUUCUUGUUUUUUGAACAUAGUCAUAAUUUGUAGAGCUGUAAAUUGUCCUAUAGCCUCAUACUAUACUCAUUUGAAUCAUUACGGUUAUUGGAUGUUUGAAAAAUUCCGUGUGAGAACUUAUUUCUCACACUUAUCAUAGCAGGGUGAAGAGAGAAAUGAGAUCUGAACAAAUAAUGUAAUCUUAUUUUAUUUUAACCUGAUCAGGUUAAAAAGGUCAAAUGGAAAGGGGCAAUCAAACUUUCUUGCCUGCGUUACUUCAUUUAGUAAUUUUCUAAUGGGCAUUCAUGCCCAUGCACGCUACCAUGGCAACCGAAGCCAGGCAAGGUACGUAACACGAGUUCCCACCGGUAAGAAGCUAACCUGAAGCUAACACGGACUACUGUCCACAUUGAUAGACUAAAAUACGUUUUUUAGUUACCGUUGCCUCACGUUAUUACCUGUGACUUUUUGUGAAAACAACAUCGUCAGUGUGUUUGAACGUAGUUGACCGAAAAUCAUUUCAUAUUAGCUUGUUUACGUACCUAGCGUUAGCUAGCACAUUAGCUAGCACGUUAGCUACUGCAGUGUUGCAUGGUAGGCCUGUAAAUGAACAGCUUUAUCU